UCGAGAUUCAACCCAGGUUUCAGCGCCCAGAGUCAAGGCUUGUAGAAUAAUAAUUAAUUGCGUUGCGCGCGCAGAGUGCACAGCUAUGCCUGUGAGGAUCUUUUCUACCAGGAAGAAGUAUUUUCUUGUGGUCCGAACGUCGUUGCAUUUGCACUUCGAAAUAAAUUUAUAAAAACGGAAAAACAACAAAAACAACAAUAACAACAACAAAAGACAGAUUUCCAGGCCUGUAUCGUAAUGAAAUGUUCUGGCUGGCCUUGUCUUUUUUUUUUCAAGGCAAUCCUCAAGUCUUCUUUAAAAGUCCUCGUACGGCUACCAUCAACACUAUCCAGAAUUUGAACAACAACACCACUGCUGCACCCGGUCGUGGCAUCACAACAAACUUAUCUAUGGGGAGCUGACUGUCCACCAACUAUAUUAUUAGCCUUUGUUGCAAUGCCACAAGACAACGAUCUUCACAACUCAACUGUCAACAACACUCCUAUACCCACACAUCGACAGCACCGCUCAUUUUGCAAAGACGGUCCUAAACGCAGGCUUAUCAUGGCAUCGUGUUUUGUUUUCUUACUUCUACUGUUAGCUGCAGUGAUUAUUGGACCUACUUUAGCUUUUCUUGCUUCUGGUAGCAGCAACAGACCUCUUAAAGUGGCAGCGUUCAACAUUCGAUAUUUUGGUCGUAACAAAAUGUUGGACACUACGGUAGCCAAUCACAUUGCAGAGAUCUUGGUGCGCUAUGACGUCAUUCUCGUUCAGGAAGUCCGUGACGCCUCCGGAAGAUCGCUGAAAAAUCUGUGGUCACUUCUCAACAAAACAGACGACUGGGGUUUAGUGGCGAGUGCUCGAAUAGGCCGUACCAGAUACAAGGAGCAGUAUGUGUUUUACUACAGGGUGAACCUCGCACACUUGUUGGGUACAUAUCAGACCCCAGACUCGAGUGACGUAUACGAGAGAGAGCCGUUUUCAGUGGAGUUUGAGUACUUUUCCGUUUCUCCGGGAGUGAGGAAGCGGGUUGUGCUCAUGGCUCUUCAUGCUCGACCUAAGGACGCUUUUAACGAGUUAGGCCACCUCCCAACCUCCAUCAAGUCAGCCGCUAGCCACUUUAAGGACGCAGGCGGCGUGGUUGCCAUGGGAGACUUCAACGCCGAUUGCAGAUAUGUGUCUGCCACCAAGAAGUCGAAGCUGGAGAUUUUCAGGGACGACUCGCAGUUUAUCAGUCUUAUCCCCCAUUCGGCAGACACUACUUCCGGUCACACUGACUGUGCAUAUGACAGAAUCAUCGUCUUCGGAAAUGACAUCAGAGCACGUGACGCUAAGGUCUACAACUUCCAAAGGGCCAUGGGCCUCAGCGACGAAGCUACUGGGGAUAUCAGCGAUCACUAUCCAGUUGAAUUUCAGCUAUAUUAGAUUAGUGAUCCGUAGCGAUUUGGUUUUUGUAGUCCAUGAAUAUAAGAUCAAGGAGAAAGAAGGCCGCCUUUCCAGAACUGCUUUAUUGGGGAAGACUAUUCCCUAAGGGCUGUCAGGAUUUUAUUAUCAUUGUUCACUGGCACUGUUUGAUUUAUGGUUUGAAUAUGUGCAUAUAUUGUAUGCAAAGUUGUACACUGUGAAGAUAAACGCUUACUGGGCUUUCAUUAUUAAAUAAAUAUGCAUACACUAUAGCUGUGCA